AAUCAUUUAUUUUGGACCAAGAAGAUCUUGAUAACCCAGUACUUAAAACCACGUCGGAGUUGUUCUUAUCGAGCGCUGCAGAAGGUGCGGACUUGAGAACUGUGGAUCCAGAAACACAAGCAAGACUAGAAGCCUUACUGGAGGCAGCAGGAAUUGGUAAAUUGUCCACUGCCGAUGGUAAAGCCUUCGCAGAUCCCGAGGUUCUCCGAAGACUGACGUCCUCCGUCAGCUGUGCACUGGAUGAAGCUGCCGCUGCAUUGACGCGGAUGAGAGCAGAGAACAAUCACAAUGCAGGACAAGUGGACAAUCGCAGUUUGGCAGAAGCAUGCUCAGAUGGGGAUGUAAAUGCUGUCCGGAAGCUGUUGGAUGAAGGAAGAAGUGUAAAUGAACAUACUGAAGAAGGGGAGAGUCUCCUUAAAAAACCUGUUGAGCAGGAUAUUAUGAAUUGGCACAAGUGCUACUAGCAAUGCAUGCGAACGUUGAAGAUCGAGGGAAUAAAGGAGACAUAACUCCCUUAAUGGCAGCUGCCAGCGGAGGCUACGUAGAUAUCGUUAAACUUCUCCUUGUUCAUUGUGCAGAUGUCAACGCACAGUCCUCAACAGGGAACACAGCUCUCACUUACGCUUGUGCUGGGGGCUUUGUUGACAUAGUGAAGGUGCUAUUGAAAGCCGGUGCUAAUAUAGAAGACCACAACGAGAAUGGGCAUACCCCCUUAAUGGAAGCAGCCAGCGCAGGUCAUGUUGAGGUUGCAAGAGUAUUGCUGGAAUAUGGUGCAGGAAUCAACACUCACUCCAACGAGUUCAAAGAAAGUGCACUUACACUUGCAUGCUACAAAGGCCAUUUAGACAUGGUUCGUUUUUUGCUUGAAGCUGGAGCUGAUCAAGAACAUAAAACAGAUGAGAUGCACACGGCGCUAAUGGAGGCCUGCAUGGAUGGACACGUGGAAGUGGCACGCUUGCUUUUAGACAGUGGUGCUCAAGUCAAUAUGCCUGCAGAUUCGUUUGAAUCUCCACUCACUCUGGCUGCUUGUGGUGGACACGUGGAGUUAGCAGCUCUUCUGAUCGAAAGGGGAGCUAACCUGGAGGAAGUCAAUGAUGAAGGUUAUACUCCUCUAAUGGAAGCUGCCCGGGAAGGCCAUGAAGAGAUGGUGGCCUUGCUGCUGGCACAAGGGGCGAAUAUCAAUGCACAGACAGAAGAAACGCAGGAAACGGCUCUUACUCUGGCGUGUUGUGGAGGGUUUUCAGAAGUAGCCGACUUCCUUAUUAAGGCAGGAGCUGACAUAGAACUUGGUUGCUCAACACCUUUGAUGGAAGCUGCUCAAGAGGGUCAUCUUGAAUUGGUGAAAUACUUGCUGGCAGCAGGAGCUAAUGUUCAUGCCACCACGGCGACAGGAGAUACAGCUUUGACCUAUGCCUGUGAAAAUGGACAUACUGAUGUUGCAGAUGUGUUGCUUCAAGCUGGUGCUGAUUUGGACAAACAGGAGGACUUAAAGAAGACUAUUUUGGAGGGCAUAGAGCCGGGCAAGCAUCAGGAGCAUGAAUCUGAAGGUGGGAGAACCCCACUAAUGAAGGCUGCGCGAGCUGGUCAUUUAUGCACUGUGCAAUUCCUUAUUAGCAAAGGUGCCAACGUUAACAGGGCUACAGCUAAUAAUGACCACACGGUGGUGUCGCUGGCGUGCGCGGGAGGCCACCUGGCCGUUGUUGAGCUCCUUCUGGCUCAUGGUGCAGAUCCUACUCAUCGGCUCAAGGAUGGCUCAACAAUGCUCAUUGAAGCCGCCAAAGGAGGACAUACAAAUGUUGUUUCCUACUUGCUGGAUUACCCCAACAACGUCUUGUCGGUUCCUGCAGCAGACUUGUCUCAGCUCACACCUCCGUCUCAGGAUCAGUCUCAGGUUCCACGUGUACCAGUGCAUACCCUUGCGAUGGUUGUACCUCCCCAGGAACCCGACAGAGCCCCUCCAGAGACCUCGCCACCCCUCUUGGGAGUGGUGAAAGGUGCAUCCAAGCAGAAGUCAAGUUCCCUGCAGGUAGCAGAUAAGGACCUACUGCCACCUUUUCACCCAUACCAGCCUUUGGAAUGCAUAGUAGAAGAGACUGAAGGCAAGCUGAAUGAACUUGGACAGAGAAUUAGUGCUAUUGAAAAAGCACAACUUAAAUCAUUGGAAUUAAUUCAAGGUGAACCUUUAAAUAAAGAUAAGAUUGAAGAACUUAAAAAGAACAGAGAAGAACAAGUACAGAAGAAGAAGAAAAUAUUGAAGGAGCUGCAGAAGGUGGAAAGGCAGUUGCAGAUGAAAACCCAACAGCAGUUUACCAAAGAAUAUUUGGAGACCAAAGGGCAGACAGACACAGCACUUCCCCUGCAGCAGCAGUGCCCACUCACAGGGGUCUUCCCAGAAGUGGGAGCCGAUAAGGGUCUGCCAGAGGAUAACUUUUCAGGGUUACCUCAGGUUGACACAAUCUUGUCUAAAGAUGAUGAGCAACAAGAGUCUCCACCACCUGCUGAGUUUGCCCCUAUCCAGCCUUUGCCAGCACCGCAAUGUCAUUUUUCUGGUAAUUUAGGUUAUAAUGGGACAGAGUCUCUUGAACUUCAGAAAGCAUUAGGGAAUCAGCAGAAUGUAGGACAGCAGCAGCAAAUUGCUGGGCAGGGGCUCUUAGUUCAAGAACCAGACGGAUUAAUGGUUGCCACUCCAGCACAGACGCUUACCGACACUCUUGAUGACCUAAUAGCAGCUGUGAAUAGCAGAGUGCCCAGCGGCCCCGCCAGCUCCUCACACACUACCGAAUCCCCUACGCCUGAGCCUUGCUCACAGGCAUCGAGCAGCGUGCCCUCGCAGUCCGUGCUCCCUAUGUACCCUUCCGUUGACAUCGAUGCACACACUGAAAGUAAUCACGACACUGCUCUGACCCUUGCCUGUGCGGGUGGUCAUGAAGAACUUGUAUCUGUACUGAUAGCACGUGGUGCCAAUAUUGAACACAGAGACAAGAAGGGUUUUACGCCUUUGAUUCUGGCUGCAACUGCCGGACAUGUUGGUGUAGUGGAAAUUCUUCUAGACAAAGGCGGAGAUAUAGAAGCACAGUCUGAGCGCACAAAGGAUACUCCGCUUUCGCUGGCAUGCUCCGGUGGACGCCAAGAGGUUGUUGAUUUGCUGUUGGCCCGAGGAGCAAAUAAAGAACAUAGGAAUGUGUCUGAUUAUACGCCAUUGAGCCUUGCUGCAUCUGGUGGCUAUGUUAACAUCAUCAAGAUUCUCCUCAACGCUGGGGCAGAGAUAAAUUCAAGGACUGGCAGUAAGCUAGGCAUUUCUCCUCUGAUGCUGGCUGCUAUGAAUGGCCACGUACCUGCCGUGAAACUGCUGCUCGAUAUGGGUUCUGAUAUCAACGCCCAAAUUGAGACCAACCGUAAUACAGCGCUCACCCUGGCCUGUUUCCAAGGCCGAGCAGAGGUGGUCAGUCUGCUUUUGGACAGGAAGGCCAAUGUCGAGCACAGGGCGAAGACGGGUCUCACACCCCUGAUGGAAGCGGCUUCAGGAGGAUAUGCAGAGGUUGGAAGGGUGCUCCUUGACAAAGGAGCAGAUGUUAAUGCUCCACCCGUGCCUUCCUCAAGAGAUACAGCUUUAACAAUUGCAGCAGAUAAGGGUCACUACAAGUUCUGUGAGCUCCUGAUUAAUCGAGGAGCACACAUUGAUGUUCGUAACAAGAAAGGAAACACGCCUCUGUGGCUGGCAGCUAACGGUGGUCACUACGAUGUGGUUCAGUUGCUUGUGCAAGCAGGAGCAGAUGUGGAUGCUGCAGAUAAUCGGAAAAUUACACCUCUUAUGUCAGCGUUUCGCAAGGGGCAUGUGAAAGUCGUUCAGUUCCUGGUGAAGGAAGUUAACCAGUUCCCUUCGGACAUUGAGUGCAUGCGAUACAUAGCGACGAUAACUGACAAGGACCUGUUGAAAAAGUGUCACCAGUGUGUGGAGACGAUUGUGAAAGCUAAAGACCAGCAGGCUGCAGAAGCAAAUAAGAAUGCAACUAUCUUGCUGAAGGAGCUAGACCUGGAAAAAUCAAGAGAGGAGAGCAGAAAACAAGCUCUUGCAGCCAAAAGGGAGAAAAGAAAAGAAAAGAGAAAGAAGAAGAAAGAGGAACAAAAAAGAAAACAAGAAGAGGAUGAAGAAAACAAGCCUAAAGAAACUCUGGAACUUCAAGAAGAUGAUGAUGAAGAAGAAAAUGACGAUGAAGUGGAGCAAGAAGUUCCUAUAGAGCCUCCUAGUGCAACUACUACAACUACAAUUGGAAUUUCUGCGACUUCAACUACUUUCACAAAUGCCUUUGGGAAGAAGAGAGCUAAUGUGGUGACUACCCCCAGCACAAAUAGAAAAAAUAAGAAAAAUAAAACAAAAGAGACUCCUCAGAAUAUGCAGAUAAUUUUGCCGGAUCAGCAUAUAUCUCUAGCACAGCAAAAAGCAGAUAAAAAUAAAAUAAACGGAGAGCCAAGAGGUGGCGGUGCAAGUGGGAAUAGUGAUUCAGAUAACUUGGAUAGCACGGAUUGCAAUAGCGAAAGUAGCAGUGGAGGUAAAAGCCAGGAGUUGAACUUCACAAUGGAUACAAACUCCUCUGAGCGGCGCUACGCCUCAUUGCUCAUCCCUUCUCAGGAAGAAAAAACGAGCACCUCUGCUUCAAAAACACCAACGAGGAGGGAAGAAGUUGAUGACUCUGAGCAUUUCACCUGCCAGGUUGAUGGCCAGUUUGAUUUAGCCUUGUCGAGCCAGAGACUUGACGGUGAAGGUCAUUCAAAUUCUUUGUCAACUACUUACAAGCCUGUUUCCCUGCCUCUGUCCUCUCCAAAUGUAAAGCUGAACCUGACUAGCCCGAAAAGAGGCCAGAAAAGAGAAGAAGGGUGGAAAGAAGUGGUUAGAAGGCAAGUAGGCAGAGUUUUGAAAGACCCUCCCCCUAGCAACACUCUGCAGCCAACACCGAUUGAGCAAUUUCAGCUGCAGAGAGGAGGGCGCUGCUGUUCAGGAGCAAAAAGGUCAAAGAAAUUAUCUGUCCCAGCUUCUGUCGUAUCUAGAAUAAUGGGAAGAGGUGGGUGCAACAUCACAGCAAUUCAAGAUGUCACUGGUGCCCAUAUUGACGUUGAUAAGCAAAAAGAUAAGAAUGGAGAGAGAAUGAUCACUAUAAGGGGUGGUACAGAGUCCACGCGAUACGCAGUGCAGCUCAUCAAUGCCCUUAUUCAGGAUCCUGCCAAGGAACUGGAAGACUUGAUUCCUAAAACUCACAUCAGAACACCCGCGUCGAGUACCAAAUCAAUCCAUGCAAACUUUUCAUCUGGAGUCAGCACUGCAACUGCUUCAAACAAGAACUCCUUUCCUCUCGGAGCACCGCCCUUAGUCACAUCGCAGUCAUCAACACUAUCUACUUUCCAGCCUACUAACAAAUUAAACAAGAAUGUCCCAGCGAAUGUGCGCUCAUCCUUUCCGGUGUCUCUUCCUCUAGCUUAUUCUCACCCUCAUUUUGCCUUGCUGGCCGCCCAAACUAUGCAACAGAUCCGGCACCCUCGCUUACCUAUGGCCCAAUUUGGAGGAACUUUUUCACCUUCACCGAACACUUGGGGACCAUUCCCAGUGAGACCAGUUAACCCUGGCAGCACAAACAGCUCUCCAAAGCAUAAUAGUUCGAGUCGUGUAGGUAGUCAGAAUGGAAAUAUCUUGCCGACGGAGUCUCCUGGAUUAGCUACUUCUAGUUGUCCCAUUACGGUCUCUUCUGUAGCUGCUUCCACCCAACCGCUGUGUGUAACCAGUAAUCGGACUCCCUCUUCGGUCAGAAAGCAGUUGUUUGCCUGCGUUCCCAAGACGAGUGCUGCAGCAACAGCAAUCUCAACCGUGACGAGCACCUGUAGCACUCUGCCUUCAGCUUCCUCUGCCCCCCCAAACAACGGGCAAGUGCCCACAGCGUUUCUGCCAUCUAAUGCUCCUCAAACGCAGCAUUCUGCACUUAAAGCAGACUCUUUCUCGGCUGUCUCAGCACCCAAAGAGAAGGUGUCAACACCAGACCAGCCUGCUGCAAAUGUCUGCACGCCAUCUUCGGUUGCAAGUAGCUGCAGCCUGACAGCUAGCAGCAACUCAGGAGUCACCGACACUCGCCCGUCAAGCAGCCCUGCACCGCUAAAUAAUGCCCAAGAUGAAAUACUGCCAACCAGCAUGUCAGAGAUCAAUCCUUCCAUGUCGAUGCCUUUUUCAUCCAGCUCAGAAACUGCUCCUUUAAGCUUAGCGUCGCCCAGGUCAGUUGUUGCAGAUAAUCAGGACAACAGUAACUUACCUCAAGUAGCUGUACCAGCACCUCGAGUUACUCACAGGAUGCAGUCCAGAGGUUCUUUCUAUUCAGUGGUACCAAAUGCAAACCUCCAUCAAGAUCCUCAGUCUAUUUUUGUUACGAAUCAAGUUCCUUUAACACCUUCUCAAGGUCCACCCGCUGCAGUGCAGCUUUCGUCAGCCAUGAACGUUAUGAACGGUUCUCAGAUGCACAUUAACCCAGCAAACAAAUCAUUGCCUCCUACCUUUGGGCCAGCAACACUCUUCAAUCAUUUUAGUAGUCUUUUUGAUAGCAACCAGGUGCCAGCUAACCAAGGAUGGGGAGACUGCCCACUCUCUACCCGAGCAGCAGCUGACCCAUCUUUCACUGUUCAGUCUACCUUUCUGAAUAACUCUGUGCUAGGACACGUGGAAAACGUGCAUCCUGACAACUCCAAGGCUCCUGGCUUCAGACCACCUUCCCAACGGGUUUCGACUAGUCCUGUAGGCUUACCCUCUCUAGAUCCAUCCAACAGCUCUACAACUUCUUCUUCAGGUCCUUUGACAGGCUUUUCAGCAAACAUACAAGGAGCACGGGUUUACCUUCAAGGGCCAGCGCCUGUUGGGACUCCCAGCUUUAACAGACAGCAUUUUUCACCACAUCCUUGGACAAGCGCAACAAAUUCAUGUAGGAACUUCAUGGCAGGUGAAUCUCCUAUUCCAUCAGUUUCCUCAGGAUCAUCUUCGCCCCUUUCAGCUGCUUCUGCACCUUCUAACUUGGGCCAGCCAAAAACGGGUAACGCCAAUCAAGAUCGAAAGGUACCCCCUCCCAUCGGGACAGAAAGGCUUGCUAGAAUUCGACAGGGAGGAUCGGUCACUCCUACGCCCUUAGGAACCAACUUCACAGCUCCCGUCGGUCACAGCGGCAUUUGGUCCUUUGGCGUUAACAGCGUGUCUGAAGGCUUGUCAGGUUGGUCGCAGCCUGUCAUGGGAAAUCAUCCGAUGCAUCAGCAGCUGUCGGACCCGGGCACGUUUUCUCAGCAUCAGCCAAUGGAGAGAGAUGAUUCUGGAAUAGUGGCUCCCUCGAAUAUUUUCCACCAACCUAUGCCAAAUAGUUUUGUGGAUUUUUCUAAAGGCCUCCCGAUUUCGAUGUAUGGUGGCACUCUAAUACCCUCGCACCCCCAGCUAGCGGAUGGACCGGGAGGGCCCCUCUUCAACGGGCUCCAUACUCCAGACCCCGCCUGGAAUCCCAUGAUCAAAGUUGUCCAGAACUCAACAGAAUGUACCGACGCUCAGCAGAUUUGGCCUGGCACCUGGGCACCUCACAUUGGAAACAUGCAUCUCAAGUACCCGCAUCAUCUACGACCGCAAGUUCCUGCUGGAGUGCAAGAAUUCACCCGUGGCCAGGACCCCUCCCUGCUGCCUGCCCCAGAUCCUCGGUGUCACAUCCCUGGCCCAGUCCAGCCUCGUCAAGCUGGAGGAGCCCAAGGAGCGGAAUGAGAGCGAAGAAGCCAUGCCAGAUCAAGACCAGUUUGAGAUGGACAUCUGAGUUUCCAGCUCCCCGUCUCCAGGCCAUGGCUGGGCCUGUUCCUGGGCCUCGUGGAGGGGCUGG